AUGGCUUCCGAUAAGCCCUCCCUGGUCCUCGGCCAGGGAGAGCCCGAUCCCUUCCUCUCUACCGGCACUCCUACCAUCCAACGACACGCCGGCUUCGACUCGCAUACCUUUGCGCUCGGCCCUGGUGCUUCAGCGACCUCAGCGAAGCAUGCACUCGAGGCUCACCUUGCCGACACCGACAGACGCAUGGAAGAAGCCGGCAAGCUCGGCACGGCCUUGGUCCAGCAGCGCAAGGAGCUCGAAGAUCGACUCAAGGAGGUGGAGCAACUCGAGGCCGAGGAGGAACUGUCGCCGGAUCUCAAGAAGAAACUCACGAGCAUCGAAAAGGACUUCAACGAGGUUGCGCGUGAGAGUGCUAGGGCGUUUCUUCCCAAGCAGCGACUUCCUAGCAACGAGGUGGCUGUGGGCACGCCUUUCACUCCGGAUAAGAGCGGAGUUAGGAGGUCCGCCAGCCCUUCAAAAUUCGACAAGUUCGAAAGUCUAGCCACUGGAUCGCCCAGCAAGUUCAGCGUACCGAACCGCAAGUUGCGGAACCAGCCUGCCAAUCGCAUCCAUGAUAUCGAAUUUGCCGCCGAGAUCAGUACAUCACUCAUCACCCAGGUCCGAAACCUGCAGGCCCUCCUUCAGGAGAGGGACGAGGAGCUCAAAGAUGCCAAGUCAGACAAGUCCGGCCUCCAGAGGGAGGUGGAAGGCUUCCAACAGCGGAUGAGGGACCUGGAUGAGAGCGAGAUGCGCUACAAGGACGAGAAUUGGAACUUGGAGACGCAAAUCCAAGAGCUCAUGGCCGCGCAAAAGGAUGCCUCAGACCGGGAGAAGAAGUUGACGAACUCACUCAACCUCCUCCAGGCCGACAAGAACUCGACCCAACGGGAACUCGACGAGAUCAAGACGGCGCACUCAAAGCUUGCUGAUGAACAUGCGGCAGCUGUCAAGCACCACGAUAUUGAGCUUGGCAUGGCCAAGCGCAAUGCAGUGAUAGCCGAGGGCGAGCGCGCAGAGAUGCAGCGCAAGAUCGACGAGUUGACCAGCCAGAACCAGGAGCUUGCCAAGGCUAUCUCAAUGGAGAGGGGAAGGACCAGCCAACGAAACACACCCUCUGGAAGUAGUGAGGAUGACCUGGAGAAUGCCGGUGGUAACCUGACCCCGGAGCACUCCCCUCCUCCUUCACCCAUCAAGCCGACCCCCAGACAUUCGGGGCUUGAGAGCGAAACUUUGAAGACCUCCCUUCAGCAUGCGCAGCGCACGAUCCAGAGUCUUCGCACCAACGUUCACCGAGAGAAGACCGAGAAGCUCGAGCUGAAGCGACUGCUCCAGGAUGCCAGGGAUGAAAUUGAAAAGAUGCGCAGCGAUCCUGCUGAGCGACCUCACCACAGGCGUGCCAGGGAGGCCAAGUCCCGCGAAUUCAAGAAACCAGCGAAGCUUGACAAGCUGGGCACUUCGCGUGCCGUCAAGGCCGAGAUCCUGCACUUGGAAGAUCCCGAAUGGGAGGAGGUUGCGACUCAGAAGGGCUCUCCGCCCCUCGGGCAUUCAUCCCGGAUGGCCGAUGUUGCUUUUCCGUCUACCGAGACAGAUGAGUUUGAGACGGCUAAUGAGGCGCACGAGACUACCGACGCUUUCGAGACAGCUCAUGAGCGUGGCACUGAGACUGACGACUUCCAGACUGGUGCAGAAGACUUCUUCAGUUCUGACACCGAGACUGAGAGUCCCACAAAGAGGGCCACAAUUAGGGCCAAUGCUCUCAAGCGAGCACCUAUCCUCGCGGCCAACCAGCAGUACUCGUAUGAGAGCACUGCUUCGACGUCUGCGAGCGAGGACGAGGGAGACUACAUGGAUCCCACGAGGACGCCCAACUCUCCAUCUAUGAUGCGAUUGCGUUCCAGUCGUAGCACCAUGUCCCGACGCUCAAGACAGCUCAGUGACGGGCCCUCUCUGCAAAGCAGCCCGGCCACCAAUCCCAACGGCAGCUUCUCUGGGCCAAGUGGCAUGCCACAACAGAGCUUGUUUGCCGAGCUUAAUGAGCUCGAAGGUAGCGACGAAGACUCGGUCAUGAACACACCCGGCCAACGGAGCCUCCGCUCUGUCACGCCAGGAUCGACCGCAACAGGGCGGACCGCGUCGCUGGCUUCUGCUGUGCCAGCUGUACCCAGCAUUCCAAGGGCCAUGAUGGUGGAUAGCGGCAUGAUGACGGAGCCGGUCGAUGUACACACCGUCUCAGCGGCCGGGACUUUACAAAGACCCGUGUCCCUUGACUCGGUCGCCAGCGCUGUUCGAGACCGUCCUUCGUCGACAAUCUCGUAUAGUGAUUCCGUGGCUCAGCAUGAUUCCGAGAUGGAUGAAGCAUCCGCUCAGGCCACUAGAUCCCCGCCCACAAUCGGCGCCAUACCAACGCCGCUUCUGCCACCGCCCCAGACGCUCACCAUGUCUACUGUGCACGCCGAGGAGGUUGAGCCCCUGGCGGAGCCUGAGGCUGUACCCGAGCCUGUUCUCCCUCCAAGACUUGGCCUGUCCGGCGUCGUCUACGAGCACGUUGAACCCAUCCCUGAGCCUCAAGUGGUGCCUCCUACAUUGAGCAUGUCCGACCUGGUCGCCUGGGAGGUGGAGCCGAUCGCCGAGCCUGAAGUGCCACCUCCUGCUCCUCCUACUUUGACCAUGUCAUCGGUAGUGGCGGAGCAUGUUGAGCCGCUGGCUGAGCCGGAAAAGCCACUGCCUCCAUUGGCGUUCUCCUCAAUCUCUGCCACGGACGUCGAGCCGGUGGCCGAGCCAGAACAGCCGUUGCCGACACUGGCGCUCUCCUCAAUCCUGGCUGCAGACGUUGAGCCCGUGGCCGUGCCCGAGGUUGAGCCGCAGAUCGUACGUGUUGUGGAGUAUGUAGAUGCGCCAAAGCCACCACCCGCGGAGCUGGUACUCUCCUCGAUUUCUACCGCGGAGAUCGAGCCCGUGGCCGUGCCUGAACCUGAGCCGCGAACGGUUCGCGUUGUGGAGUACGUGGACGCGCCAAAGCCACCUCCUGCAGAACUGGUGUUCUCCUCAAUUGCCUCUACAGAAGUUGAGCCCGUGGCUGUACCCGACCCAGAGCCACGAACAAUCCGAGUCGUGGAGUACGUGGAGGCCCCCAAGCCGUCCCCGGCGGAUUUGUCGUUUUCCACCCUCGUGGCCGAAGGCAUUGAGCCACAGGCAGAACCCGAGACUCCUCUCCCUUCACUUUCUCUGUCUGCGAUAGCUUCAGAGCACGUGGAGCCAAGAGCUGAGCCUCAGCCGCUCCCAACUCCUCUCUCAAUGUCCUCCAUUGUGGCAGAGAACGUUGAACCCCGAGCUGAGCCUCGGCCUGCCUUGUCUGUCUCGGGUAUUGCUUCUGAGCACAUUGAGCCAAGGUCAGAGCCCAAGACGCUCCCGCCCCCGCUGAGCGUAUCGUCUAUUAUCUCCGAGCACGUCGAGCCAGUCCAACCUGCUCAACCCAGCGAGAAAGAAGUCGUCGCGAGAAAGCCUGCGCAUGCUGCGCUCGACUUCUCAUCAAUACAGUCCCUGGACACUGCACCGGUGGAUUCCCAGUCAAGCACCGGUGGAAAGCAGGUUGUUGCUCCGCUUGGCUUCUCCCGCAUCGAGUCGUUAGACACCGAGCCUGUCUCGCCUAGAAGCCCGAAGAGGAAUGCAUUCAUCAUCCCACGAGACCAGGACGAGCGGACGUCGACUCCAUCAAAGGGUUUCUUCGACUCUCUGUUUGGACGAGGCAAGGGCCAAGAACCCGAGACGCCAUUCAUCGCCGAGGAUGAGACUAGACAAUCGCCAAGAGACACACCUUUGACGGGGACGCCAGAAUCGCAACGUCCAUUCCGGGAGAUCUCGGCCAAUGCCAACACCAACGCACAGCCUACUCUCAAAGAGAGCGUCAAGAUGUCUGACUCGGGUGCUCAGACCUCACUGACAGCCGACGUUAUUGAUCAGAUACUCCAGGCUAAGAGCAGACCACAAGCACAUGGCCACCGGAAGUCCGACUCUGUUGUGAGUGCGAACAGCGUGGGGACACCUGGCACUACUGUCCGCGUGCAGCAGUCACAUGAAAGCCUGAACAGUAUCCUCAAGCCCAAGACUAGAGCAAUGGAGGCCGGCGCCGAAUUCGCUGCCGAAGCUGCCUCUCGCAGACCUGACAGCGCAUCCAGCGCUCGUGCUUCGCUGAAGAACGCGCCGCCACUGCCGCCGAACCAUAAGGAGGCCAUUGAGGCUGCAAGAACCGGCACUGCCAACAGCGGACACGGUACAAUUGGCAGCAUGGGGCCACCGCUUUUCCCUGCUUCUGCUUACAAGAACCCGUUGACCAGGCCUAGGACGCCUAUGUCAGCCAGGUCCGUCAAUGCAAGCGUCAAGGGCACGCCGACGCCUCGCCAGGACAGGAUGGACUCUGCGCACGGAACUGUAGAGGUCCACUCACCAACACGGCUCACGGCGAGAAGCCGGAAGUCGUCUGUCUCGAGCUUCGCUUCCGAGGUGGACGCGCGCUUCCAGAACAUCGGUGGAAUGGGCAUGGAUCCGCACGGCUUUGGGCCCAACACCGACCCGCGCAUGAUUCAAGCCAUCACUCAAACCAUGAUUGGCGAAUACCUGUGGAAGUACACUCGCAAGGCCGGCCGCGGCGAGAUGUCGGAGAAGAGACACCGUCGGUAUUUCUGGGUCCACCCGUACACCCGGACUCUGUACUGGAGUGAUCGGGAUCCCAGCAAUGCUGGCCGGUCCGAGCUCCGAGCCAAGAGCGUGCCGAUCGAGGCGGUGCGUGUCGUCACAGACGAUAACCCCAUGCCCCCUGGGCUGCACCGCAAGAGUCUUGUUAUCAUUUCACCUGAUACGGAGGAGAUGGUCAACGGCAUCACCAGGGAAGAUGUUGACGAGUUCAACCCACAAUACGGUCGCCGCCCGGCAGCUGGCACACGGCCACGGGCGCCGCCUUCCAUCUCGUCAUACACCUCCCAGGGGACGCGCAGCCACUCUGCUAUGAACCUGGACGUGCCUACCUUGACGCCGAACCACAAGAAAGCCUCAUCUUCGGCCAGCAUCUCGCGGCCGUCCUUCACUGGCCGGCUCAGCGGGUACUGGAAGUCCACCCAGGACUCGAUCAGCACCCUGAAAAGCCGCAGCGGUCCCCAGGACCAAAGCAGCUUCUACGACAACAAUGAGGUGCAUGAUAGUGCGGAGGACCUGAGGUUGAUGUACGAGAAGCAGGAUAGGGAGGCCGACAGGCUGGAUAAUGGAGGCAUGAUGUUGGCACCCUAA